AUUCUUUUUAGCAGUGAUAAUACAAAUAGCGACAGUUGCUUGUCACACAGUUUCUGGUGUUAAUAGCCAUCUUUUAACAGUAAUUGUUUGUGGUGUGUGUGUUUUCUACACUACUUUCGGAAGCCUAAAAUCUAUUGUUUGGAUUGAUAUUUUUCAAAUGGUAGUCCUCUCGGUUACACUGUCUAUCUUUUUGGUAUCGGGUGUUGUUAAGCAAGGAGGACCUACAGUUGUAUGGUCAAGAGUUAAGAACGGAGGAAGAUUUGAUAUUUUGGAUUUUGACCCUGAUCCUACAAAACGUGACAGUUUUUGGAUUAUAGUGAUUGGUCGCACUAUGGGUUGGCUAGCAGAAGUUGGUGUAAAUCAGUGCAGCAUAUUAAAGUACUCAUCAGUGCCAACAUUAGCUGACUGCAAAAAGACCAUCAUAUAUUUUACAAUUGGUUUCUCUUUGACACAAAUUUUGGGCAUCAUCCUAGGCUUAAAUAUUUAUUCCCUAUAUUCAGACUGCGAUCCCGUUGCUGCAUCUAAACUGGAAAAGUAUGAUGGAAUAGUAGCUUUUUACAUUUUGGACAUUUUAAAAAAUAUAACAGGUGUUUGCGGACUGUUUAUGGCUUGCACCUUUAGUGCCAGUUUGAGUACUUUGUCAACAACUUUAAAUUCUCUCUCUGGCGUAAUUUACAAAGACUUUAUUUGUAAUGCCUUCACAAAAAAUUUUACCGAAUCACAGGCUGUUAACAUUGUGAAAUCAACUGUUGUUGUCACAGGAACAUUAUGUAUACUGUUAAGCUUUUUCGUAGAAAAUCUGGGAGGCUUGUUUCAGGUGGCGUUAAAUAUUUUAAGUGUAGCUAACGGUCCCCUAUUGGGAAUGUUUUCGUUAGGACUUUUAAUUCCGAAAGCGAAUUCAAAUGGUGCUCUUUAUGGUGGAAUUGUUGGUUUUAUUUCGGGAGCAAGCCUAUUGUUAACCGCAAUGUACCAUGAAAGCAACAAAUUGCUUGCUAAUGUUGUGAAACCUAUAUCUACUGCAGGUUGCAAAUUUAAUCAAACUAAUUUGGAAAACUUCGCUCCAGAGUGGACCAUAGCAAAUGCGACAAGUGGAAUUAAACCAAACUUUGUGGUUAGGAUUUCAUUCUAUUAUUAUCCUUUAAUAACAUUCUCGAUAACGGUGGUCUUUGGAAUUAUUAUCAGUUACCUCACCAAUAAAAGUACUAAUCCUGUUGACAGAAAACUUCUAUGUUCACUUUGCCAUUCGUUUCUUCCAAAAAUUUCAAAUGACGUGACCGAAGAUCAUUUGUUGCAAAAUUUAAAAUAGCUAGUUUUGUACUGGAACCUACUGAGUUUUUA